AUGAAGCGCCUCCAAAUCACCACAAAUAGUUCUGGCCCGCCCACAAAGCUCGAUACUACCGUACCUGCCUCUCUACCCGACGCCAAAGAGACCAAGAUCCACCCCCAAAAUGCUCCAGAUGCAUCCACAAACGCCUCCCUCUUCUUCGUCGGGACUGCUACCACGAUUCUAGAAUGGGAAGGUCUUCGCAUUCUCACAGACCCAAACUUCCUGCAUGCCGGCGAUCACGUGCAUCUAGGACCAGGCGUCAAUGCGACUCGCCAGACAAACCCAGCCAUUGAUUUGGAGGACCUGCCGAGAAUCGAUGUCAUCUUGUUAUCGCAUUACCACGAGGAUCACUUUGAUCGAGAAGUUGAGGAGAAGCUGUCAAAGGGACUUCCCAUCAUCACUACGCCGCAUGCCAAAGAAUGCCUUACAGCCAAGGGCGACGAGUCCUUCAAGAACGUACACGCACUUGACUUCUGGAACAGCUUGAUCAUGGACGUAUCGCGAUCUGACAGCGCACAGGGCACAGGUCCAAAGCCGAGCAUCAGAGUCACAGGUAUGCCUGGAAAGCAUGUACCCCCUGGGCCGCUCAAUGUUGCGAAUGAGAUCCUGCACGCUGUUCCGCCUACCAAUGGUUGGAUGCUCGAACUCGGAUACUCUGAUGCUUCCUCCAGCAACGGUAGCGACUUCGAGAACGGAUAUCGUAUCUACAUUUCAGGAGAUACACUAAUGGUAGAUGAACUAAAAGAGAUUCCCGAGCGGUACAAGGGCCAGAACAUCGACCUGAUGCUGAUCCACCUUGGAGGCACUACGAUUCCGGGGCCCAAGAUGCCAUUGCUGAUGGUCACGAUGGAUGCCGACCAGGGCGUCCAACUGAUGCAGCUCAUCAAUCCUGAUCUGACCAUCCCAAUCCACUAUGAUGACUACGAUGUCUUCAUGAGUCCGUUGGAUAACUUCAAGAAGGCAGUACAUGCAGCAGGCCUAGAUAGCAAGGUUGUAUAUCUGGAUCGAAAGGACCAGUACAAGUUCAAUGUCAAGCAAGGUCAGAAGCCGAAGCAAUCGCUGUAUUAG